CUAAUCAACAUGUCUGGGCGAGGUAAAGGCGGUAAAGGUCUAGGAAAAGGGGGCGCCAAACGUCACCGAAAGAUUCUUCGCGAUAACAUCCAAGGUAUUACCAAACCAGCCAUUCGUCGUCUUGCCCGCCGUGGCGGUGUCAAGCGAAUUUCUGGCCUGAUCUACGAGGAGACGCGUGGCGUUCUAAAAGUUUUCCUCGAGAAUGUGAUCCGUGAUGCUGUGACAUACACAGAGCACGCCAAGCGAAAGACUGUCACAGCCAUGGAUGUUGUGUACGCUCUGAAGAGACAAGGCCGCACUCUAUACGGCUUUGGCGGUUAGACAGGCACCACUAACAACAAACAAACGGCUCUUUUAGGAGCCACCAAAUAUAAGGAAAGUC